UAAUACCACCCUCCAUAGACGGAGCCCUUCCCUGUUAUAAAUAAUGUGCAAUUCUGUUUUAAAGUACUUUACCUUCUCCGCGUAGAGACACACUUUGGCAUCUCUACUCAGCUGAUUGAGUUUGGUCCCAUAGUACAGGUUUCUCAGAACUACUGGGCUGGAAUCUGAAAUACCUCAACCCAGAAACAGAAGACAGGAUAGUUUUUCCUCCAUAGUGGACAACAUACAAACUCCAGAACAGACAGACAACAUACUUUAACAGGAUUUCCUUAACAGCGCGCCUUAAAAGGGUUUCCGUCUAGUGGUAACAAGGAAUCCUGUAACCCCUCCCAUGUGCCCUGAACACUGUACCGGACAGAAUGCUCUCACACUCUCACAUGUAAGAAACACACCCCUAGACUGAAGAAGUGAAGAAGUGUAUUUUCGGAGAGACUGUACAAAGUGCAGCAGACGUUGUGCGAAUUGAUCUACAGCAAGAGCAAGGUGCCUGCGACUCUGGGAGAAAUUACAGUUAUAGCUAUACGUGAAAGACUCUGACAUCUGAUGGGAACUGCUGAGAUCUCGAUUCUCAAAAAGGAAGCAACCAACGCAGAAGUGAAAAUGAAUGUGGAGAGCCAAUUCACAAAAAAACGAUGGAUUCUAACACUGAUUGGAAGUCUCCUCUACACCGCGGACAUUGUGCUUGAUAUCUAUCUGGGAGUCAAGCAUAUAAAUAAUGGACACAUCAACUGGGGCAUUCUGACGUUGGCAUUUGUCCUUUGUGCGUCAGUAUGUACACAAAUAUUCAGCUACAUGUGGUUCAGAGAUGACGAUUCUGGAGGUGGCACUAUUAUUGGACUACACCUUAUACAUAUGGGCAUCUUCACCAGGUAUUACAAGCUGCUCAGAAAAAGCUUCAAGUUGGUUUGGUGCAAAUCCAUCACAGUUGGCAACGACAUUUGGGACCACCUCAAGUUGUUUGGCCAGGCCACAGAUCUGAGCAUGCUCCGUCUGUUUGAGGCCUUCUUGGAGAGCGUUCCGCAGUUGUUGCUCCAGCUCUACAUCUUCCUCCUGGGGCAUGGACACAACUCAGUCAUUCACUAUCUCUCCAUGGCUGCAUCCUUCUUAAACGUUGCCUGGGCCGUGGUAGACUACCGUCGCUGCCUCCGGAGGUCUCUCCCCCAGCUGAAGGAGAUGCCCAACGGUCUGCCCACCAUCAUUUACCUCCUCUACAAGCUCUUCGCCAUCACCACGCGUAUCUUCAGUCUCAGCUUGCUCCUGGUGCUGAGUCCCUUCAGUAUCUUGUACAUGGCCCUGGUGUGGCUCCUCAGCACGGCGUGGGCCUUCUUCCAGCGCACCGACUUCUGCACAUCGAAAGCCCUGGAGGUCUUGUACCGCGCCAUCGUCGGCAUCAUCCUCGUCUUCACCUUCUUCAACAUCCAGGGCCAGGCGACCAGGGCGCCUAUGACCAUCUACUACAUCUUCUACGUCUUCCAGAGCCUCUCAGCCCCGUUACUCUUGUGCAUGUGGAAGCCAGAGGUGCUGAGGUACGAGUACGGCACUGGGAUCAUCAGCGCGGGCCUGUGCGUGGGGCUGGGCCUGCUGUGUGUGUACUACGGCCUCUUACACCAGGGGGAAGAGGUGAAGACAGAGGAGCGAGUGGCUGAUGAGGUGGACAACAUGGAGAGACAGGGGCCUGAGUUGGUCAUAUCACCACGAAUGAAACGCUUUCUACAGAUCUGAUAGGCUCAAACAGUUUUCUAAGCACUUUAAUGCAUUGUGUGACAGUUAUUGGGUUGAACUGUACAUUUCUUUAUAUUUAUUAAGCAGAAUUUUAAAGGCACUUUUUACUUCUCCCUUACCUACAAGCACACUUCCUAAAGUAUUCUGACUAAUUCGGCACUUGUAUUCAACAUGUGACUGAUGGCACUGUUUACGGCUGGAUUGAAGGACUUCAGCACUGUUCAUAUCAGCUUUGGUUCACAUGGAUCUUAAUAGCACUAUAUAACUAUCUAAACCAUCUGUGACCCAAUAAGAUAACGAAAUGUGAAUUCAUUCCUUUGAACGUGUACCUCAACUUGUUUCUGUGGUUCUCAUACAGGCUUACUGGAAAACAUACUUUCAAAUCCCAUGAUAUCAACUUUUAGUGCAGGUUUUGUUGGUGCUUACUCUCAACUGUAGCAUAAUACAAGACUACAGAUCCAGUUUCCACUAGAUGGCGGCAUUGUUUAAAGACAAUAAUUACUAUCGGAAGUUUUGGUCACCUUUCUGGACUGAUAUGCCAGGUUCAGAUGAAAUUCGACAUGGACACUCUUUAUGUGGAUGUAGUUUUUUUUACAGUAAGUUUAUUCUGUGUAUAGUAACUGUGUUUACUUAUUUAUUUGUUUUCCUUCAGUCUGUAUUAUCUAUAAAUUCCUCUAUGGGUUGAAAAUAGAGGUUUUCUACAGUGUU